GUGUUUUUAAACAAAAAAAUUAAAUUAAAAUGUAUAACAAAUUUUAUAAAAGUAAUGAUUGAUAGAUAGAUAUAUUAAUUAAUUAAUAUAUUGAUUAUACUAAUAAUAUAAUUUAACAAAAUCAACUAUAUUUCAAAAAAGCAAAAAUGUCAAAACCCGCACCUUAAAAAAAGGUACCAUCUAAAGUUAACCUCCCUCCACCAGAGGCAGAGCCAGUUAAAGAAGAAGAACCUUAAGUUUAAUAGCAUAUAGAAAUGGAAGGAUUUGGAAGGUUUGAAUAUAGAAAUGGUUUGGUUUAUGAAGGUUAAUGGAAAUUAGUAAAUGGAGUAAAAAUGAAACACGGUGAAGGUGUGCUUAUAUUUUAAGGCAGUACAAGUUAUGAGGCAGGUAAUGAAGAAUAUAGAGGAUCAUGGCAGGAAGAUAAAAUGCAUGGAUUUGGUGUAUAUAAAUAUACAAGCGGAGCAAUUUACACAGGAGAAUGGUACAAAGGAAAAUAGCAAGGAAGAGGCACCUACGAAUUUCCAGAUGGAACUCUUUAUGAAGGUGAAUGGAAAGAUCAUAAAAUGCAUGGUGAGGGAUACUUUGUUGAUAAAGAUGGAAAUAGAUGGGAAGGAGAAUUUGUUGAUGGUGUUUACUAAUCCAAAAUGCAGAAGGAAUUAAAAAUGGAAAAAAUGCUAAAGAAAAAAGAAUUAGAAAUUAAGCUUAGUUCGACAUAAUUCUUUGAUAAAUUUGCUGAAUCUUUUGCUAAAAGUGAUAAAAAAACCAUGAAAGAAAAUCUUCUCCCUUAUUUUGUUACUUAGGAAGAAAUUAAAUUAUAUGUGAAUGGUCCUUAUCCUAAAUUUGAAGAUAAAGCUCCAGAGAAAUGGAAUGAAGUAAUAGCAUUUGUUAAAAAUUAUACAAUGGUAAAUGUAUUAAGACACGGAUCUAAUGCUAAGAUACUUUAACCCAGUAAUGUUUUAAGUAGUUAAUUUAAUGGUUUGGGAUAAAUUGUUGAAUUCUAAAAAGAUGAAGGAGAUAGGGUAGUAAAGUUGGUAUUAUGCAAUGCUCUUGAAAAUAGCUGGACAAUAGUCUUUUUUUUCGACUCCGCUGAGCCUGAGAAAAAAGGGAAAAAAUGAAAUAAACUAUCAUUUAAAUUUGCAAUUUUAUAAAAUUAAUUUAUUUUAGAUGAUUAAAUUAACUACAACAUAUAUUUAUAUUACAUAUAUCUGUUCUAUAGUAAGCUAGAUUUUGUAACUAAGAAAUUAAUGUUAUGUUUUUUUUAAUCAGUAAGAUAAAUUUAAUGUUCUACCUUUAUUACAAUCAAAGAAAAGUAUCAAACAAC